AUGGUCGCCGCGAAGCGCGAGGCGGGCUUCGGGUUUCUUCGGUACACCUUCACUGGUUGUUGCCUGGCCCUCACCUUCCUCAUCGCCCCUGCCGUCUACUGUGACACCCCUCCGAUUUCCCCCGGAGCUCGCCAGCCUGCGCCUCCAACCCAGUAUCAAGCGCUGAGCCCCGCUCCUCCGCCACCUCCGCCCCCGCAGUCCAUCGUAAACUUCUAUGAGCUGGGGUUCGGCACCGUGUGCGGGGUGUGUGCGGGGGUGUUCGUCAAGAAGGGCGCGAAGAUCGUUGCCUUCGCGCUCGGCGGCGUGUUCGUGCUACUCCAGUAUCUGGGCUCCACGUCACUCAUCCGCGUAGACUGGGGUCGCGCCGCCAGUCGGUUCGAGAACGCAUUCUAUACCAGGGACGCGACGGGGGCGAAGCGGCCGGCGAACGUUGGGUCGGCUUUCCGCUGGUUGAUCGACUUCUUGACGGCCGACUUCCAGCCCCGCGCGACGUUUGUUGCGGGUUUCGCUCUGGGUCUUAGGAUCGGGUGA